AUGUCAAGGUCAGAGGCUAUGGGAUCAGGUUUGGAGGUUAUCUUUGGGAUGGAUUGGCUAUCUGUCAAUCUCAUUCUCAUAGAUUGUAGUGAGAAGAGGUUGUUAUUUCCAGAGAAGGAAGAGUCAGUUGUGUUGUCUUCAGGGCAGGUAUGGAAUGAAGUAAAGGAAGGGUCUUGUUGUUUCUUGGUUUUGACACAUAUGGAAGUGGAUCAGAGUGGAAGGAGUUUAGAUCACUCAAUUGUGAGUGAUUUCUUGGAUGUAUUUCCUAAGGAAGUACCAAAAUUACCUCCUUAUAUGGAGGUUGAGUUUUGUAUUGAUUUGGUGUCAAGUGCAGGGUCAAUAUCAAUAGCUCCUUAUCGAAUGGCUCGUGCUGAGUUAGUGGAGCUAAAGAAACAAAUAGAGGAGUUGUUAGAGAAACAAAUUAUCAGACUGAGUGUCUCGUUGUGGGGUGCGCCGGUGUUACUAGUAAAGAAGAAAGUAUCUACUACCCAGAAUUGA